AUGGAGGAGACAAACUACACACGGAAACAUGCCGAGACAGCCACCGUUGAGGGUGAGCUACAGUCGUCAACAACCCCCUCCGAGCAAGGUGACCAGGAAAAAGCUCUACCUGCCACUGCACAACCGGACGAAACAGAGUGUGGAGUCAUCUACAGCAAGAAAACCUACAUUCAGAAGCUGUCAAUCAUUGGACCACGACAACCCAGGAACAACAUGUUUAGGAGGUUCUACCAAAUGUUGUAUUACCUGAGCUGGCCAGUUAUCUUCUAUGCUGGGUUUUCGUAUGGCUCGUAUCUGAUAUGGUUCAACGUGUUGAAUGCCACUGCGUCUCUUAUUCUGGGGUCAGCACCAUAUAAUUUCAGUUCAUCAAUGGUCGGUCUGAGCUAUCUCGCAUGCUGUCUAGGUGUCAUUGGCGGGUCACUUUUUACCGGAAGAUUCAGUGACUGGCUUACUAUCAAACUAGCUCGACGGAACGGCGGAGUGAUGGAAGCCGAGCAGCGUCUCUGGCCCUUCCUUGCAUGUUUGAUUCUUGUCCCUGGGUCCUUACUCCUCUGGGGUGUUGGUGCAGCCCACGAGGCCCACUGGUUCGGACUUCUAGUUGCAAUGUGCCUUCUUGCGCUCGCCAACACCUGCGGAAUCACUCUGAGCGUCAACUAUCUCGUCGACAGCUACAGGGAGCUGAGUGGCGAUGCGAUGGCUAGUGUCAUCUUGGUUCGCAAUACAAUGUCAUUUGCCAUAGGCUACGGAAUUACGCCCUGGCUUGAAGACCUGGGAUACCAGAACUGCUUUGUGUCCGCGGCCUUCAUUGGCAUGGCCAUAUCUGCCGUGUUCCUAGUGAUGAUCAAAUGGGGAAAGACAUUCCGAGCUCGCAGUCGCGACAAGUACUGGAGCAUCGUCAGGGAGAAUCAAGCCAGGGGAAUGGGACAUUGA